AUGGGUUCUGCUCUGAUCCAUGCAGACACGGACGAAUUCACGGAAUGUGCAAUGUUGUCAACUGCAACCAACAACACACCAGGAAACAGCACUGCAAUCAAUUGUAGUCAGCCAAAUGGGGCCAUCAAGGCCUCAGUCUUAGCAGACAUGAACAAAAUUCUCACCGAUCACCACGCCGUGAAUUUCGGUCUGCAAAAAUAUAGACACGGCUUAGAAUGGGACUGGGCUCACCCAAGAGGGUACUUGGUCGCUAUCAAAGACAGCAUCACAGCCCAACCUCUACCAAAGGCCCCACCUCUCACCGAGGACAAAUGUGCAGCUUACGCACCACGGCAAUAUCCGGACACAUUCAAAGUUGUCUGUCCAGUCGAUAUACCCAUUUUUCAACAUCUGUUAGCCAAACAUCCAAAUAGACCCUUUGUUGACUCAGUGGUUCACGGUCUAACUCACGGCUUCUGGCCCAUGGCCAGCAUACCCUCAGAUGAGGUGGUUGAUCACCCCAACCACAAAGUCUGUUACGAGCACCCAGAAGUACUGACAACAACUAGAGAUGAAGAAGUGGCAGCAGGUCGUUUCUCUUCCCCGUUCCAUCAUCUACUCCCGGGCAUGAAGGUUUCCCCACUUCUACUGGCAUCAAAGCCAGGCUCCAAUAAGUUAUGCAUGUGCACCAACAUGAGCUUUGGCCAACCCUCACUAAACGACCUCAUUGACAAAGACAAAGCUCAUGUCUCAUACAGCCCUCUUGCCACUUUCGGACCGUACAUGAAGGAAGUACCUUUCGCAGCAGCCCUCCUGAUACUUUGGAAGAGCGAUGUAGCUUGGGCAUAUCAAAACAUGCCCAUGCACCCUCAAUGGCAAAUACGUCAAAUUAUCAAGAUUGCGAACCUAUACUACGGGGACAGAUGCACAAAUUUUGGGUUGGCAGCAUCACCCAAGAUAUGGUGCUCAUUUUUCUCACUUGUACUGUGGAUAGCUAUCAAUCGCCUCAGGGGAGUGAAGAUGCUGCUCAACCAGGCCCUACUGCUCCUACUUUUUGACACGAUCAACCUUCCAUGGGUCUGGAAGAAACAACUGUCAGGCCAGCAGCUCAAGAUCAUCGGCCACUACGUCAACGCUGUGCGUCUCUCUUUCUCUCUAUCACCUGAAAAGAAGGCAGCACUGGACAAGAACCUGCAAACUUUCACAGCCCAGACAGCACAUCGACUACGAGUUUGGCAAAGUACUCUGGGCUGGGCCUCAUGGGGCCUGAACGCCAUUCCCUACGGAUGA